AUGGAGGAGUUGAGUCCAAGACAGCUGGCUGUCUUACAGCUGAAGCAACAGUUCCUGGAGGCCAUAAAGGCCGACGAUGCUCAGCAGGUCCUGCAGAUCCUGCAAAAUGGGAAGCUGGACAUUAACACUGUUCUGGACGUGAAAGAUCCUGGCAUGAUACUGGCCUCAUACAAACAAGGUAAAGUUCAUGAGGGGGAGGACAUGGAUGUGCAUUUCAUCUGCAGAAGUAUGAAGGUAACCUCUUUGUGUUUACAUCAAGUGAUAAACAUAAGAGUCAACAUGUGACUCCACAAUGAAACCACAGCAAAAACCAAGAGUGAAAGGGAGUUUGUCUUUGGAGAAAACAAAUAAAUAUGCUCUAUUACCAGCUGAGUGACAGUUAUGUGAUCAACUUUGUGUUUUGUCCACUAGAGGGAGCUAAAUCUUAUGGACCUAACCCUGUGGCUAAAUUUGACAACAAACACUUCUGGAUGAGGUGAACUGCAUCAAAAGUCAAACCAAGACUACAGUUAAAACGUGAAAAAUAGAAACUUUAGCCAAUAUGAGAUCAUACAGAUGUAAAACAGCUUGAGUAACAAUCAAUGUAAGCCCCUCUGGAUUUAUUUUGGAAGAAAAUAGAGUCCCUCUGAUCACAAAGGUCCUGGUUUUGAUAUAAAACUCUUUUUCUUUUGUUUGUCUCUUCUCCUUGCAGGUUAUUGGCUCCCAGAAUACAAACUGGAAAAGUCCUGGGCCAUGGGGAUUCAUGUGUCUGUGAUGUACAACGCUCUGGAAACAGCUCUGGUGCUUAUUCAGGAGGGUGCCGCCCUCAACCGUAUGCCCAAUGGGAAGACACCGCUGCACGUAGCCUGUGAAGUCUCCAACAGCGACUUUGUUGCUCUGCUUUUGGCUCACAGGUCAAAGAUCAACAUCAUGUCUCUAAGUGGACACACACCGCUGCACCACUGCACCAGCCGGGAGUCUGUGGACUGCGCCAAACAGCUCAUCCUCAAAGGUACCAUGAGGUGAAUGAAUGUGCAAAUAAAGAGAAGAAAAUGAUGAUUUGUGUUUUCAUGAAGGUGCAGAUGUCAACAUGCGGAGCGACAACAACGAUGAGGAGACUCCUCUACACACAGCAGCCAGGUUUGGAGUACCCGAGCUGGUGGUUCUCUACCUGUCCCACGGAGCGUCUGUGAACGCCCUCAACUUUCUUCAGGAGACUCCUCUGAUGACUGCAGCUUUCUGGGCAUACGACUCCAUGGAUCAGAUCUACAGAGAGGACCACCAUCUGGUUUGUCGCCUCCUGCUGGACCACCAGGCUGGUGAGUGUUUGUCCUGACACUUCUUUUCUCUAAUCUCUCUCAACUUCAGAGGCUCUGAGCAGUUUUCACUUCAAUUUCUCCAGAUCCAAACCUUCAAGAAGAAGACCAUAAAACAGCUCUUCACAAGGCAGCGUGGAACUGUGAUCACAUCCUGAUGCAGAUGCUGCUGGAGGCCGGAGCUGACUCACGAGCCAUGGACAUCAACGGCUGCGCCCCUAUCCAGUACCUGCUCAAAGUGAGCGACAUGAGGCCCAUGGCCAUACCUGAGCUCUGCUACCAGCUGCUGCUCAACCACAACGCAGCCAGGGUCUACCCCCCACAGUUCCACAAGGUACACACAUGGACUAGAACACCUGCAUGUGUGAGAUCCAUGUGCUGAUGAAUGACUCUGUUUGUCAUUUUGUGAAGGUGCUGCAGUCCUGCCAUGACAUCCCCAGAGCUGUGGAAAUCAUGGUCAAUUCUUAUGAACGCUUAAAGCCCACAAACAAGUGGAGAGCUGCCAUUCCUGAUGAGUGCUACAAGGUAGGAAAAGAAGACGCAGUUUAUAUGGAUGUAACGAAGUAAAUCAACUAAGUUUUUCUGCAUGUUUUACAUUUUCUUCCUCAGAGACAUGAAGAUUUCUACGACUCUUUGUUCGCCGUUUGCUCCAACACCCCUCGCAGCCUCCUCCACCUGACCAGGUGCGCCAUCAGAGCCCGCCUGGCUGAACUCUGUCACAGCGGGGUAGCACAGCUGCCUCUGCCUUCUUCCAUGAAGAGAUAUAUAUUACUGGAACCUGAGGGCAUACUGUACUGA